GGCUGGGGCGGGGCUCGAGCGGCGGUUGUAGGCGUGGCGCGCCGUGACGCGAUCGAGCCCGGCAGCCAAUGAGCGUCUGCGGGAGGCGAGUUUGAAUCGGCAGUGCCGGAGCGAGGCCGUGAGGAGCGGAGCGGCGCGGCUGCGAUGAGGAAGAGCGAGGCGCUGGCGGCCGAGGCCGUGUCCUGCCUGAACCGGGCCCUGGUGGCCCUGCGGGACAUCUGGGAGGAGAUCGGCAUCCCCGAGGAGCAGCGCCUGGAGCGCACCGACGUCGUCAAGAAGCACAUCAAGAGCCUCCUGGACAUGAUGGUUGCAGAGGAGGAGAACCUGAAGGAGCGUCUCUUGAAGAGCAUUGCCCUGUGCCGGAAGGAGCUCGACACCCUUUGUCGGGAGCUGCAGCUGGACCCCUUUGAGGCAGAGGAGGAAAGUACCAUUCUGCAGCUGGAGAAGAAUUUGCGCACCCGUGUGGAAGUGAUGCUAAAGCAGAAGAGGGAUAGGAAGCAGGAGCUGAAAACCCUACAAGAGCAAGACCAAGACUUGUGUGACAUUCUUUGCACAACUCCAUUCUGUAUUGACAGCAACGCUGUGCCCAGCCUGGAGGAGCUGGAUCGCUACAGGCGCCACUUGGCCUCUCUGACUGCUGAGAAGGAGCGAAGGCGAGAGGAGUUUGUCAGCACCAAGCAGCAAAUCAUCCUCUGCAUGGAGGAGCUGGACCACACCCCAGACACCAGCUUUGAGCGGGAUGUAGUGUGCGAGGAUGAAGAAGCCUUCUGUUUGUCCACAGACAACAUUGCUGCCCUCCAAGAUCUGCUGCAGCAGCUGGAAGCCCGACGAUCCCUGAAUGAAGCGGUGUGCGCAGAGCUGCGCUCCAGAAUCCUUGCACUUUGGGAAAGGCUGCAGAUUCCUGUGGAGGAGAGAGAAUCUUUUACAGUGCAUAUGACUGGAUCUAGAGCCAAAACCAGGAAAGCUCUGCAGUUGGAAGUGGACCGUCUGGAGGAGCUGAAGCUGCAGAACAUGAAGGCUGUGAUUCAGGCAAUCAGGGCAGAGCUGGCUGACUACUGGGACAAAUGCUUCUAUAGCCAGGAGCAGAGAGAUGUCUUCAGCCCCUAUUACGAUGAGGACUACACGGAGACCCUGCUCCAGCUCCACGAUGCUGAGGUGGGGAAGCUGAAGCAUUACUACGAGACACAUAAGGAUCUGUUUGAGGCUGUCCAAAAAUGGGAGGAAAGCUGGAAGCUGUUUCUGGAGCUGGAGAGGAAAGCAACCGAUCCCAGUCGCUUUGCCAACCGUGGGGGGAACCUGCUGAAAGAAGAGAAGCAGCGAGCAAAACUGCAGAAGACCCUUUCCAAGUUGCAGGAGGAGCUGGAGAGCAGGGUCCAGGCCUGGGAGCAGGAGCGUGAGGAGGCCUUCCUGGUGAAGGGGCAGCAGUUCAUGGAGUAUGUGACAGAGCAGUGGCAGCUGUAUCGCCUGGAGAAAGAGAAGGAGAAGCAGGAGAGGCACCUGAAGAAAAGCCGCCAGAUUGAGGCAGAGAUGAUGUAUGGAAGUGCCCCGCGGACACCCAUCAAGCGUCGGGUGCUUGGCCCCCACACGCCUGGCAAAGUAAGGAAGCUCAACGGCACUUCCAUCUCCAGCGCCACACCCAACACCACGGUUCGUUCAGCUUUUGGGGGAACUCUCUACCACUCGCCAACAUCUCGGCUACCACCCUCUGGAGGGAAGGCUGCUCGGACCCCCAGCCGUGUGGCUGCGAAACCUCCUCGGCCAGGACACAAGGAGCGGAACAAGGAGAACAUGUCCCAGCUGAAUGGAACCACCCUGAGCGGUGGGUGCACCCCCACAGCCCCUGCCCAGCGUAACUACAGCAUUAAUUCUGUUGCCAGCACCUAUUCUGAGUUUGCGCGCGAACUUUCAAAGGCUUCCAGGUGUGACACUAGCUCCCGCAUCCUGAACUCCACCACCACUACCAACACCUACUGCUGAGGCGUGACCUGUGUGAGGUUCCGGCUGUCUGUAGUCAUAGUGAGUCGCUCUUCUGGCAGAGUGCGAUCACAGCUGUCUGUGCCCAGACCCAAAGCACACGGUGCUGUAGGCUUAACUUUUAACUAGUCCCAGAUGUUACUCUGCAAGCCUGGCUUCCUGCAGGGUUAGGGGGAUGUAGCUACCUGCCAGGAUAGGGUAUGAAAGGGACACUUUUUAGAAACUGCUUUUAUUUGAGGAACUCUUGCAAAUAUUUGAGAUUAAAGGUUUGAGUACGCUGUCUUGUUGGGGUAGCACAGCAGUGGGUGCUGGCUUUGCUGCAGGGGGACCUUCUGCAGCCUGGCUGGGGCUGGGGUGAGUGUUGGUGCUAGGUCAGAGGGGCUCUACCUUUCUGAGCAUGCUGUGGGACAGACGGGACCUAUUCGGGGAGAGCUGGCCUCAGUCUCUCAUCCCAGUUCUUCUCUCCAUGUUUCUGUAGCUAUUUUCCACCAUGAUCUUCCCCGCAGCACAGCAGGCUUGUUUGUAACAGGUUUCUUUAGCAGCAGGUAGCUAAGGUUUCUUUAGCAGGCUCUGCUGUGCCCAGCAUGCUGUGGGUGCGUGACGGGCUCACCCUGUGCUGCAGGCUGGCCUCGGGGUUGAGCCAAGCAGCUUCCCCCAGCUCUGAGCCUGGGGUGCCUGGAGGGAACAGCAGCGCGCUCCGCAGCAAGCCAGCCUCCAAGGCUAUCCCCAGGGAACCGUGCUGCCCCAAGGUGGCAGAGGGAACCAUGCGGUAUCAGCUAUCCCCAAGCUCUGCAUGCAGCGGAGCUGGUGGUAGGGGGUGCUUGAGCUCCUGUUGCUAGCACAGGUGGCCUUCUCCCCCCCGCCUUGAGAAGGGGCAGCUUGUGACAGCUCCAGCAUGUUCUCCAUACCACCCAGGGCUCCCAGCUGCCCUCCCCUGCUCUCUGCUCCAGCGAGGAACAGCAAGCCUCCUGCUUCUGUGGUACUACGAGCACUGGGCCCAGCUGCUGGCAGCCUCUUUGCACCUUUGUUAAUGAAGCUCUGUAUAUAUGUUUGUCUGUCCCUGAUCAGCAUGACUAAUUUGCACCAUGUUAUCACUACAGUCCCCCACUGCUGUUAUUUAUUCCCUGGGUUCCGUCCCCUUGCUCUGUAACUCUGUAUAUACCAUUUAUGGGAAUAAUGCCUAUCUAUGUAUAUAGCUGCUGCUGGUUGUGUCGGUAUGUUGGGGGGCCCGAAGGCUGCUCGGGAGUGGCCCUGUGUGUCUUAGCAGGGGGAGAGGAAGACUGGAGCAGCCCUCUGAACGCAACAUGAGGCAUGACCGCAGCUGUGUUAUGAAAAAGGAGAUGUAAUAAAUAAAUUCAGUCCUUC